AUGCGACACUCAGCUUCUCAACUCCUCUCAAUAUCCCUUAGCCUUCUACUAGGUUCAAGUGAGGCAGCAUCGAUACCACGCAAAGAAACCUGCACCAAAACCAAGGUUGCAAUUCUGGGUGCUGGUGUAGCUGGCAUCACUGCCGCACAAACAUUACACAAUGCUUCCAUCCACGACUUCAUCAUCCUCGAGCACAAUGACUACGUCGGAGGCCGCAUGAAACAUACCACUUUCGGAAAAUCCUCCGAUGGCAAGCCUCUGACUGUCGAGCUCGGUGCGAACUGGAUCGAAGGUCUUCAGAAUCCUUCGGGCGAGAUUAACCCAAUUUGGCGCCUCGCUCAGAAGCACAAAGUGAAGAAUACGUAUUCUAAUGACAGUGCGAUCAUCACCUACGAUGAGACUGGAGCUUCCGAUUAUACUGAGCUGAUUGACCUCUUUGACGAGAAGUUUGAGAUCGCUUCGCAGGAAGCUGGUUAUAUCUUCACCGAGAAUCUUCAAGAUACAUCAACUCGCGCUGGUCUUAGCCUGGCAGGCUGGAAACCAAAGAGGGAUAUGAAGAUGGCUGCUGCUGACUGGUGGGGCUGGGACUUUGAGACGGCGUAUUCUCCAGAGGAAAGCGGCUUCGUGUACGGUGUCGCUGGAAACAAUGCUACCUUCAAGCACUUCAGUGAUGAGACGAACCUUGUCAUCGACCAACGAGGCUACAAUGCUUGGCUCGUUGGAGAAGCGAAUGAGUUUCUCAAGAAGAAUGACCCAAGGCUUCGUCUGAAGACGACAGUUAAAAAGAUUGAGUACACCACUAAGGGAGUCAAAAUCGAUACCAACGACGGGUGCGUCGAAGCAGAUUACGCCAUCUGCACUUUCUCCGUCGGCGUCCUUCAGAACAACGCCGUUGAUUUCAAGCCUACGCUUCCCCGCUGGAAGAGACAAGCCAUUGAACAGUUCCAGAUGGGAACCUACACCAAGAUCUUCAUGCAGUUCAACGAGACGUUUUGGCCUGAGGACACACAGUACUUCCUUUACGCUGACCCAGAGCAACGCGGCUACUACCCAUUGUUUCAGUCACUGAGCACACCAGGCUUCCUUCCAGGAUCGAACAUCCUGUUUGGAACAGUUGUGCAACAACAGGCUUACGAAGUUGAGCAACAAUCGGAUGAAAAGACCAAGAAGGAAAUCAUGGAGGUGCUACGCUCUAUGUUCCCCGAUAAGCACAUUCCCGAGCCCACUGCAUUCAUGUACCCCCGCUGGAGUAUGGAAGACAAUUGGCCCGUUGGUAUGACGCUGGAGAAACACCAGAACCUCCGUGCAAACGUGGACCGCUUGUGGUUCGCUGGUGAAGCGAACUCAGCCGAGUUCUUCGGGUAUUUGCAGGGCGCUUACUUUGAAGGGCAGGAGAUUGGUGAGCGAAUUACGAGGAUUUUGAAGGGUGAGGAGUCAGAGCAGUCACAGCAGAUGAAGAGGUACAAGACGUUACGCGGUACGACGGAGCCUGAGGAGCAUGAUGCUGCCAACGGAUGGUCUACUCCUCUUGACGAUUAG